GUCGAAAUCGUAUUGGAUCGGCCAAUUCGUCACGAGAUCAUUCUCGAGGACGGGGCCGUAUCCCCGUGCGAAUGUAUCUACUGCAUGAGCGAGGAGGAAAAGUGCUACAAACACAACUCGAUGACCUCAUUGCCAAGAGCUCGAUUCCCCCUAGCGGUGCACCCAUUCUCUUCGUCUGGAAGGAGAACAAGGAGUUAUGCAUUGACUAUCACAGGCUUAAUGCUCAAACCGUUAAGAAUGUCGGUCCGCUCCCACGCAUCGACGAUCUUCUCGAACGCUUGGGCGUCGCCCAAUACUUCUCCAAGUUGGACCUCAAGGCGGGUUACCACCAGCUCGAGAUCCAUCCAAGAGAUGGUUACAAAAACGCGUCUAAGACACGGUACGGGCAGUUCGAGUGGGUUGUAAUGCCGUUCGGCCUCACGAAUGCCCCGACCACCUUCCAAGCGGCAAUGACAACGGAGUUUCGUGACAUGCUCAACCAGUUCGUUUUUAUCAAUCUGGACGACAGUUUGGUGAAUAGCCGGACCUUGGAAGAGCGCAUUGCGCAUCUACGCGCUGUUUUGGACAGGCCACGUAUGACCAAGUAUGAGGCCAACCGAGCCAAGUGCGAAUUCGCACAACAAGAGCUCGUGUACUUGGGCCACUUUGCGCCACCGCAAGGCAUCCGUCCGCUUGUGGACAAGAUCAAGGCCAUCCAAGAUUGGUUGGAACCGACCAACACCAUGAAAGGUUGCUCUUUUAUGGGAUUGGUCGGGUACUAUCAACACUUCAGCGACGGAUACGCACGGAUUGACGCACCCUUGUCAAGAUUGCAGUCUUUAAAAGUGCCCUUCAAUUUCACCGACGAAGUUCGAAGUUCGCUCCAUAAAUUGAAGACGGCGUUGCUUCUUGCUGUUGUCUUGAGUAUCUACAAUCCCAAUCCCACCUUGCUGACGAGAGUGACUACGAACGCUUCCGGCUACGGCAUGGGUGCAGUUUUGGAACAACACGACGGAGUAGAUUGGCAUCCGGUUGAGUACUUCAGCCAAAAGGUGCCUCCCAUCAACUCAGUUGAUGAUGCGCGAAAGGAGUUGCUCGCUUUUGUCACGGUACUCGAACUUCCUUCUCGGCCGUCCGACCGCACCGCUCAUUUUAUGUCGGCAUUUUGGAUUGCUCUCAUGAAGGAGCCCGACACCGAGAUGAAACCGAGUUCGGCUCGACAUCCACAAACGGACGGGCAAACGGAGCAGGCACAUCAAACCAUUCAAAUGAUGCUUCGUCUUAUCCGUCCGGAUCAAAAGGAUUGGGUUGACCGCCUCCUCGACGUCGAGUUUGCCUACAACACUUCGUUGCAUCCGGUGAUCGGCGUGACUCCAUUCGGGGUGCAUCAUGGUGGUCGGAAGGGCGGUAUCUUUGCUGACCUCCCAUUCCCACGGGCUGCUGACAAUGAAGCCACUUGCUCUCCCGCAUCCAUUUGGAAGUAUUGGGACUUGUUGGCUAAAGCCCGCGCCAACAUGCAAAAGGCUCAAGUCCGCAUGCAACAGCAAGCCAAUCGGCGUUGCGUGUCGUGCCCCAUCCGCGUCGACGACCUUGUUUUGGUCUCCACGGAGGAGUUUGCGCUUGAACAAGACGUAUCGCGCAAGCUACUUCCAAAGUGGUUUGGACCAUGGACCGUCACUGCAGCCGCAGGCGAUGAGCCCGAUGACCCUUCUUUUGUGAUCUGUUCGUACAUCUCGCAUUGCAUUAGGAAUGGACAGCACCUCCCUGUCUGUAAGACGGACAAGGUAGAAGAAGAAACUAGCCCGGCCUCUGCUAGCCAUGAGGAAGGAAAGGAGAAGGAAGGCGAACUCCCUCAGCCUCUGCUGCAUUUCUUUCUUAAUGAAAUGACCCAAUCCAUUCUCGGAAAUGGCAGCCAGUUUCUGGAUCAGGGGGGGUAUGUCCACGGGAAGAAGGUUGGCAAUGGGUUGUCUGGGGGGAAUCUGGAUCAGGAGUCUUGCAGAUAAGGGCGUGUUUGUGCGCGGCAGUAUGUAACUAGUGUGGUUCGGAUUAUGGGCAGCUGCGUCCUUGAAAUGAAAGUGUAAGGGUGAG